AGGAAGUUAACAAACUGACAGAGUCAGCCCUGCAGCCGCCCUCAAGCACCGUGCACCCAUCAGCCUGAGCUGGGUGUUGACCACGAGCUGAAAAACAGAAGAAAAGCUGUCUGAACAAAAUCUAGAUUUCAUCUAUGAUCCUCUUAUUUACUGACUGAAUCCAGGAUCACAUCAAAGAUGGACGACAUCGACGCCAUGUUCACGGACAUGCUGCAGGAGAUGGAUCUCCUCACGCAGAGUCUGGCAACUGAAGCUCCAGAGCCUCAGCCCGCCUCCAUGUCCAGCCAGGAACUCAACUUCUCCAUCGGCUUCACAGAUCUCAAUGCGUCCCUGAAUGAGCUGGAGGACAAUGAUCUGGAUGCUCUGAUGGCUGAUCUAGUGGCUGACCUCAAUGCCACAGAGGAAAAGUUUGCUACUGAGAGGGUGGGCGUGAAGAAUUCCAUGCCACCUCCGUCUCUACCUGUUCCAACAGCUCAUUUUACCCCUGCAGCCUCCAUAACCCUUGCAGCCCCCAUUACACCUGCGCCCCCCCCAACCUUCCAGUCUAAAAGUGAACUGACGCGUGUACCCAGUAACACCUCUGCUUUAACCUCAAACACCAGCAACACUUCAUUACCGCCUCAUCCUCCUUCAAACGCUAAACCUUCUAUGGAAGAAAUGGAAGAACAGAUGAAAGCAGACAAGAUCAAACUCGCCCUGGAAAAGCUGAAAGAAGCCAAAGUGAAGAAGCUGAUAGUGAAGGUUCAGAUGACAGACGGAAGCUCCAAGACACUGAUGGUGGACGAGAGACAGACGGUGAGGGACGUGUUGGACAACCUGUUCGAGAAAACACACUGUGACGGCAACGUGGACUGGUGUGUGUGUGAGACCAACCCUGAGCUGCAGACAGACCGUGGCUUUGAGGACCACGAGAACCUGGUGGAACCUCUCUCAGCGUGGACACGGGACAGUGAGAACAAAGUGGUUUUCCAAGAGAGGAAGGACAAGUAUGAGGUUUUUAAAAACCCACAGAACUUCUAUUUGUGGAAGAAGGAGAAGAAGUCGCUGAAAGAUAUGAAAGAUAAAGAUAAAGAGCUCCUUCUGGAGGAGAACUUCUGUGGGCCGUCAGUGAUCGUUCCUGACCUGGAGGGAAUGCUGCACCUGAAAGAGGAAGGCAAGAAAUCCUGGAAGCCUCGCUACUUCCUGCUGCGUGCCUCUGGACUGUAUUACUUACCCAAAGGGAAGAAUAAGGCGUCUAAGGACAUGGUGUGUCUUGUGCAGUUUGAUAAUGUCAAUGUGUAUUACUGCCACGAGUACAAAAACAGAUACAAAGCCCCUACUGACCACUGCUUCAUCCUUAAGCAUCCUCAGAUCCAGAAGGAGUCUCAGUACAUCAAGUACUUGUGCUGUGACGACGAAUGGACCAUGAACCUGUGGGUGACGGGGAUCCGUAUCGCUAAGUAUGGUAAGGUGUUAUAUGAGAACUAUAAGACCGCCAUGAGAAAAGUUUCAUCACUCUCUUCAGUUUGGACGAACCGGAACCUCCAGCCGAGUCCGUCCAGCUCCACCGCGUCCACACCGUCCCCAACACCGAAAGCCAAAGCAGCCAAUGGACACGCUCCUCAGCCUCGUUCAGAGCCGGCGCUCAAGGUCCCAGCUGCCAUUCCGCCACCUCCAGCCGAAGUCCUGCCCCCUCCACCAUCUCCUCCACCCUCGAUGCCUGUAAAGAAGCAGCCUCCGCCGCUUGCCCCUCAGCGAGCCAUGCCCUCCUUCCCUGCUCCGCCCUCAAACUUUCCGCUUCCUCCGCCCCCGAGCGACGACAUGGAGCUUCCUCCUGACUUCCUACCUCCACCUCCUCCCAUGAUGUCAGGAGAGCUUCCUCCACCUCCUCCCAUGAUGUCAGGAGAGCUUCCUCCACCUCCUCCCAUGAUGUUAGGAGAGCUUCCUCCACCUCCUCCAGAUCCGUCACUCCCUCCUCCUCCUCCAGCUCUGGGUGGAGAUCAUCUUCCACCACCACCUCCUCCUCCUCCAGCUCUAGGUGGAGAUCAUCUGCCUCCACCACCUCCUCCUCCUCCAUCCACAGGCGGAGUUCCUCCUCCUCCACCACCUCCACCUCCAGCUUUCGGAGGAGGAUUCAAUCCUUCCACAGCCUCUCUGAGGAAAGUCGCACCUCCGCCUCCAAAGAGGACUACGCCGUCAGUAUCGGCGCCCUCCGGUGGUGACUUCAUGUCAGAACUCAUGGUGGCCAUGCAGAAAAAACGUGGUGGGCAGUGAACCUGCACCCCUUGUUUCUACAGAGGAAAUGACUUCUGACAUAACACACGUUCUGUAAAUAUGUGGAUUUGGAUGAAUUAAGACUAAAGUAUGAGUGCUACACCGUAUCGUGGAGUUGGAGCUGGGGACAGGGGAAUUAAAUAUUACAAUAAAUGUAGAACGAAUGUAAGUUUUAUUCACAAAUCUUGUUGCUUUUGUGUCAUGGGAUGAGGAUAAGGAUAAGGACUAACCACCAAGGCUGGUAUUUCUG